AAAAAACGCGCGCAUCUGUUUAACGGAGAAUAAAGAGUAGGAGGAUUUAACACAAUAAUAAAGGAUAGUUUUAUUCCCUCUCAAUUAUAUACUCCGCUUUGUUUCAAAAUACAAUGCAACCACUUAAGAUUUCAUCAAAUUUCACGGAUAAUUUAUUAAUGAGCAAUAAUUACAAGAGAGACAAUGGAUUAAUAUUUGAAAAGUGAUGGACAUAUUUAAAAAUAUUUAGGUCAUAAACUCCUGCACAAAGACUCGGUCACGCGGUCAGCGUGUUCUAUCUACCCUCGGUAUCUUGAUAAUAGAAUAAUAAAAUGAGUGAGUCAGUAAAGGUGGCAGUAAGAUGUAGGCCAAUGUCUCAAAAAGAGCUGUCAGCUGGGUGUCAGAAUGCCGUUACCAUCGAUCCGAUUUCGAAAAACUGUACACUGGAAGGUACAGGAGGCGGUGCUGGGAAAGUUUAUCAAUUUGAUGCGGCGUUCGGACCCGAAAGUUCGACGGAAAAAGUUUACGAAGACGUCGGCUCUGUUAUUGUUGAAGCUGUGCUCGAAGGAUACAAUGGAACGGUGUUCGCUUAUGGUCAAACUGGUUGCGGAAAAUCCCACACGAUGCAAGGGUUCAUUGAGCGGACUUUGGAGCAUAUAUUUGAGGCGACAUCAACAUCUAGCUCUGAUACGCGUUAUUUGGCACUGCUGAGUUAUCUGGAAAUUUACAAUGAACGGCUUAGAGAUUUGCUACAGGACAACCUAGUGGACGGCGCUCUUCAGCUCAAGGAAGAUCCUCAACGGGGAACUUAUGUUGCCGGUGGGUUGCGUGAAGUUACAGUCAAAGAUGCCGCUGAAUGCGCUAAAUUAGUAGAACAAGGUGACCGGAGACGUGUCGCUGCCUUUACUAAAAUGAAUGCUUCAAGUUCACGAAGUCAUGCCGUCUUGACGAUUUCCCUGGAGACCUUGGCGAUGGGUGAAAACAAUGGCAAGCAGGGUGGUGAUGGUGCUGUAAGAAGGGGUCAGUUACAUCUAGUUGAUUUAGCUGGAUCUGAAAGACAAGCGAGAACUGGAGCAACAGGGGAUCGAUUAAAAGAAGCAGCUAGUAUAAAUUUGAGCUUAUCAGCGCUGGGUAAUGUGAUAAGCGCUUUGGCUGCUGGUAAUGGCAGACAUGUUCCGUACAGAGAUAGCAAACUCACAAGGUUACUGAGAGAUAGUUUGGGCGGGAAUGCACGUACACUGAUGAUUGCUUGUAUAAGUCCAGCUGAUGUUGAUGCUGAAGAGACAUUGAGUACACUGAGGUAUGCAGCACGAGCGAGGUGUAUUAAAAAUAAACCGGUAGUUAAUGAAGAUCCAAAAGAUGCUCUUUUACGGCAAUACCAACUUGAAUUGCAGCGUUUACGAAAGUUAUUGGAGAGUUCACCAAAGACGGGUGAUUAUGAUGAAGAUUACGAUGAACGUGAAGAAAUUACUGGUGGAUCCGAGGUCGAGAGAUUGAGGAGAGAGUGCGAGGAUACAAGUAUGUCUGCACAAAAACUUCGUGAUGAAUUGGAUGCUUUGAGAAGUCGUUAUGAAAAUAGCAAAGAUACCGCUGAGUCUGUGGAUAAUAAGUUGUGGCCGAUGACUAGCCGAGAAGUUGAUGAGCGUCGUCGUAAAAAACGUGAGGCUGCACAAAGAGAAGUUAUGAGACGAUUAGAACGUUUAACAAUUGGCGGUGAAGCUCUAAGUAAUGAUGAAUUAAGAAAACGCCGGGAAAGAAGACGCAGACGAUUAGAAAUUUUAGCAAAGGCCCUUGAAACCAGUGCGCAAGAUGGAAGCGGAAGUGCAUUUGAAGUUUACGGGCAAUUGAGGACUACCGAGGAUGCAUUGAAGAGAAUGGCCAAGCGCACAAAGCAACUUGAAGCAGAGGCACUUGAUCUACAGGCAUCCUGGGACGCGGAACGACGUGAACUCCUGCGCCGUGAAUUGCUAGCAACACAGAUAUGUGAAGCUAUGGUACCGCAUUUACGUCCCGGUUGUCCGUUCCGUGACCUCAUGGCGAUCCGGUCAGCAGCUACUUGGAGCGAUGAUCUAAAUCGCUGGAGAUUACCUGAUGCUUCUUCUAGGAUACCUUUGCCCCCACCACCGCCUCUAACACGUGACAAUAAUUUGCGGCUUAAACUGGAUCAUAAUAAUAAUAACAACAAUGACAACAGCAAUAACAACAACAACAAAAAUAACCACAACGACGAUGAGCACUCAAGUGAUGAUGAGUCUCGUGUAAAUGAGGCCAAGAGCUCCAAAUGGCGAGACAUUGCAGGGACUUACUUUCGCAGAAACAGAAUCGAUGAGUUACUUGCACGUGCCCGUGAGGCUAAAACAUUUGAGGCCAGUGGACGUCUGAGUAAAUCAGGUGGAUCUGAUGACUCUGGGAGUGGAUAUCUCCAGUUGAAUGCCCUCAAUUUGCAGGGCAGUGCUCCUAUCAUUAGUGAUAUCCCGGGAAAAAUACCAAUCCAACCAAUAGCAAUUAAAACCGUUAGACCUGUUGGAGCUUUCAAUGCCUGGCUGGUUCAAGACAACCCCGGGAAAUCUCCUCCAGCUGGGCUGACGUCACUAAGGAAAAAUCCACCACCUCGUAUACUCGAAGCACUUCCAUCGUAUCCGCUGGACUCGACCGACACACGAUUGUCGUCUUGACGAGACAUUGCUUUACAACCAGAGUCUUAUAAAUUUUUACAUUUCGUA